AUGCCUUCAAUCUCAGAUAUAGCAGGGGCGACGGAUGGUGCGGGAUGCGAACAGGUUUUACAGUCUGGCCUACGAUCAUUGGCCACAGGCGUCGAUCUUGAGCGACCCGACACUUUGCGCAAAGUCGUCGAGGACCUGAUCCAGGACGCAAAGUUCGUCUAUGUCGCCGAGGGUCGCGCAAAUGCUGUCUUUCAGAUCAUCCCGCGCCAGGGCGGCCAUCAGCUAGACGGUUGGCUGCUACGCGCCCCCAAGGAGGUGGAGGGGACACGGCCACACAGUUAUGAAGAACUACAGCGGUACCGGGAGCAACUCGUUGGUCCGCGAGUUGGUCCCCGGCACUUGGUGCCACAGCUCCUGGUCAGCGUGCCAAGUUGCGCCAACAAAAUCCUCAACUCGGAACGGGGUCUGCACUCGCGCCGCCGGGAGCCCGAGAGCUCGAUAGCAGAGGGCUACGCCAUGCUGAUCCAGGAUAUGAAUCCGCUACCGGGACGGGGCGACCUGGGACUCGAGUUCAAGCCAAAGUGGCUGGCACAGUCGCCCAUUGCGCCCGAGGACGCCAAACGGUGCCGCACUUGCGCACGUGAAGCCUUUCGAAAUGGCGAGAAGCAAGCAGAGGGCAAGAAGACUACCCCGCCAGUGUGCCCAUUAGGUCUUGUGGAUUCAGACCCUGCUGUGGUGCUAGAGACUAUCCAACUGCUCGCCCCUGACUGGACACCUGAGGAGCAGGAUCGACUACAGCGUGCAUUCUCCAGCUCAGGUAUUUUUCACAAACUCAGAGAUCUGCAAGUCCAGGGUGAUCCGGGUGACACCAUGUUUACCAACCCGCAAGAUGAGGACUUUGGACUUGCCAUGACCCUCAGGGACUGUACUUGCUUCGUUCGCAUGCCCAAGGCUGCAGAUGGCGAAGUCGAGAUUAAGCUCGCCGAUGUAGAUAGGAAAAAUUGGGAGAGCAAGGCCGAGUACUGGCAGCACAGCCACACCAACCUGGUAGAGAAUGGUUAUUAUCACGGGACAGAAACUCCGAAAAUGGAAACAAGAUGUCUCAUUGAGAGGUACGAAUAG